AUGUCCGUUUCAUUUUUCCUUUAGCGUCUGUUUGGGCGAAUCGUUUCCGGUUCAAGGGUUCUCAACGUGGUUCUUGAUGUUUUCCAGCGUGUGGAGUUAAAAGUAAAGAAAGUUUGGCGAUCGCGAAGGAAAAACAACGGUAAAGAUGGGUGAGUUCAAGGUACACCGUGUUCGGUUCUUCGACUACAUGCCCGCUGCUAUCCGAGCCAUGGCGUUUAACAGCCGGACUGAGCGGCUGGCUCUGGCCCGGGCUGAUGGAGCUCUGGAGAUCUUCAACUUCUCUGACAACUACUUCCAAGAAAAGAUGAUCCCAGGACGGGACGGCAGGACUGUUGAGGCUCUGUGUUGGGUGGGCCCGCGUCUGUUCAGUGCUGGCUUAAAUGGAGAGAUCACAGAAUAUGACCUGGAGAACCUGAGGCCCAGGUAUACAGUGGAGGCCUAUGGAGGACCAAUCUGGACCAUCAGCAGCAACAGCCAGGGAACACUGCUCGCGGUCGGUUGUGAGGAUGGGACAGUAAAGAUGUUUGAAAUAUUGGAGCAGGGAAUCCAAUUUCAGAGAAACCUCGACAGGCAGAAAGGUCGUAUUAUAUCUCUCUCCUGGCAUCCCUCCGGUAAACUGAUUGCUGCCGGCAUGAUGGACAUGAUCAGAAUCUUUGACGCAGAGACAGGCCAAGCCACACACAGACUGCUGGUGGAGAGAGGUAUGGGAGCAUCCAAAAGCAGAGAGGUGGUCGUUUGGAGCAUCGCCUUCCUGUCCGAUCACACCAUCGUUAGCGGAGACUCUGGAGGAAAGGUCCAGAUCUGGGACGGAAUCACAGGAACCCUGGUCAGAACUCACCUGGUCACCAAGUGGGAUGUUAUGGCUCUCGCUGUUUCACAGGAUGAGAGCAGUCUGGUGGCUGGGACGUCUGAGGGCACGGUCAUCCAGUUCCAGUUCCUCUCUAAUACUGUUGACCAGCAAGAGAAGGAAUGGGUCCGAACCAGGACCUUUAAAAACCACUCGCAUGAUGUGAGGGCGCUUGUCCACACUGAAACUGCUGUGGUUUCUGGAGGUAUGGACACCCAGCUUGUAGUGCGACCCCUUUUGGACAAGGUGGAGAAGAACACCCAGGAGUCUGCACUGCGCAAAAUGGCUUUUCCACAUAGAAACCUGGUUUCAUGUGCAAAGAAAGCCGGACUGCUGCUCUUCCAGUUCCCUAAUCAUUUAGAGCUGUGGAGGCUAGGAGAGGGCGAGGGACAUGGGAAGCCUGGUGACCGUCUGCCUGUGAAGAGAAAACCAGAGAAACUGAUCCAGCUGAAGAGGAAGGGAGAGGAUCAUAUCUGCUGCAGUGCUUUGUCUCCAUGUGGAGGCUGGCUGGCAUACUCCACGGUCAACAGUUUCCGUAUUUACAGAUUACAGAACAACAACAUCAGCAUCACCAAGGUGCCCAAACUACCUAAGGACUUCCGCUCGGCCCACCAGCUCUGCUUCUCCUCUGAUUCCUCCAAGCUUUUUGCUUCCUCCAGCCAUUCUUCAGUCAUUGUUGUGGCCCUCAACCAGCCAGAGUGCAAAUACCUUCAUACCCUGAAACCCAAGUCAGUCUCCAGACAGCCAGUCCACCUGCUGUUUGCCAGUGACGAUGGCAAAUGGCUCGCUACAGCAAACACAGACUGCGAGAUUCACGUCUACAGUCUUGACAAUCUAAAGCUUCAUUGUACAGUUCCAGUGUACGGCUCAUGUCCCACUGCCAUUGCCAUCCACCCAACCACCAGCAACCUUGUUGUGGUGCACGCUGACCAGCAGAUCUUUGAGUACUCUCUGGUGCAGAAGGAGUACACGGAGUGGAGCCGGAGGCUGCAGAAACAAGGGCUGCACUCUCUGUGGUUGGAGAGAGACACACCCAUCACCCAUGUCACCUUCAAUCCAAAAAAUCCAUCUCACAUCCUUCUGCACGACAUGUUCAUGUUCUGCAUCAUCGACCAGAGUCUGCCCCUCCCUGAAGCAAAGAGUCUGUUCUACAAUCAGAUGACUCUGAGGAGUCUUCCUGAGCCAGAGAGGAUCACACACAGCCACGCCUUUAAGAUAUGCAAGAAUUUCAAGCACCUCAUGUGUGUGAGUUUAUUGGGGGACCAGUCUCUGGUUGUGGUGGAGCGCCCCCUGAUGGACAUCAUGUCUCAGUUGCCUGCACCUGUACGCCAGAAGAAGUUUGCUACAUAAAUGAAGAGAAGGUGUCUCAGCCAGAUGUUUAUGGAUCGUUACCCUGCUGUAACUCUCACAUCUUAAAUCUUAAAGUGUUAAUGUGUUACCUCUUUGUAAAAAAAAUGCUUUGAUAAAGUAAUAAAUAGAACAAUUUACUGCUAAUGUU